CUUUCGUUUGCCUUCACAUCCUAUAGCCUGUUUUCACAUGCUUUCGUAGCUAAAGACAAAAACCCAAUUCUCUCAGAAAAACAAUGACCAGUUGGCAAAAAAAGAAAGAAAAAAGUUCCUCGGUGUGAAACAGAAUGUGCAGCUCAGACCGCGCGCCCUCAAGGAUCCCAUCUUGCAGGUCGAGUUCUGCAGCUGGACUUGGGCUUGGGUUUGGGAAGUUCCCCGCCUUCAUGGGGAUCCUCUGGCCCCUCCCACCGGCUGAACCGCGAUCAGAGUUGUAGCAGAGCCGGAAGCUGGCCGGCGCCUCCUUCCCAAGAUGGCAGUUCCCGGACGCACCGCGGGGGCCCUGCUGCUGCUGCUGCGCCUCGGCCUGGUGGCGGGUUAUCCCAGCGGCAGAGUGACGGAGUCCUGCGGGGACAUGGUCCCCAGACACGGCCACGCCCCGCUCCCCGACCCCGUCCACAGCGUGACAGUGGCCCGGACGACAUUCAUGCCGGGAGACCAGAUCGAAGUUGCUGUGUCGGGGCCGGAGUUUAAGGGCUUUCUCAUCGAGGCCCGGGAUGCUGAGGAUCCGAGCGGCGCUCCCGUGGGCUCCUUCACGCUGAUUGACAGCCAGGAGUCCCAGCUUCUGACUUGCGGAGAGAAGCAGGGGUCAGCGGUGAGCCACACCAAUGCGCACAAGAAGACAGAAGUGAGAGUCUACUGGGACGCCCCCGACAACGCCCCCACACACGUGCAGUUCCUGGCCACGGUCGUGGAGAAGUAUAAAAGCUACUGGGUGAGGAUUCCUAGUCCUGUCAUUUCACAGCCAAAGGCCCCGCCCUUUUCAACACCUAGAGCCACACCAGCGCCUUCGCCUGCCUCGCCUGCAGUCUCCCGUCUCACCAAACCAUUCAGCGCCUCGGGCUGUGGGAGCAAGAAGUUCUGUGUGCGGAGCCCCUCGGCCUGCGACCCAGAGAAGGAGGGCACCUGCCUCUUCCUGUCCUUCACGCGGGACAACCAGUCGGUGACGGUGGAGAUGAGCGGCCCCAGCAAAGGCUACCUGUCCUUCGCGCUUUCUCACGACAGGUGGAUGGGCGACGAUGACGCUUACCUGUGUAUUCAUGAGGACCAGACCGUGAGCAUCCGACCCGCCCAUCUGACGGGGCGGAGCCACCCUGCCCUGGACUCCUGGGACGCCCUCGAGGAUAUGGCCUGGAGGUUGGAGGAUGGCGGGAUGCAAUGUUCUUUCAGAAGAAACAUCACCCUUCCUGGCGUUAAGGAUAGAUUUGACCUAAACACAAGCUACUACAUAUUUCUAGCAACUGGUGCAGCCAAGGAUGGUCGAAUUUAUAGACACUCCCAGCAGCCUCUGAUUACAUAUGAAAAACAUGCUGUGACAGGUGAUGCGCAGGAUGUGGGAGCGUCUCGGGCCCCGCCCCUGCUGAGGGCUCAUGGGGCCUUGAUGCUCGUGAGCUGGAUGACUACCGUCAGCGUGGGUGUCAUCGUUGCCCGGUUCUUCAAGCCCGUUCUGUCCAGGCCUCUCUUCGGCGAAUCCGCUUGGUUCCAGGUGCAUCGGGCGCUCAUGCUAAUUACUUCCUCUCUCACCUGCAUUGCUUUUGUCCUGCCUUUCAUUUACCGAGGAGGCUGGAGUAGCCGUGCAGGUUACCACCCCUACCUCGGCUGCGUGGUGCUGGUCCUGGCGGUUCUGCAGCCCCUGCUGGCAGCCAUGAGGCCAUCUUUACACGACCCCAGGAGGCACCUGUUUAACUGGACGCAUUGGGGGAUGGGAACAGCUGCUAGGAUCGUGGCAGUGGCGGCGAUGUUCCUGGGGAUGGAUUUGCCGGGACUGGCCCUUUCCGGCCCAUGGAAGACCUACGUGAUGCUGGGGUUUGUCGCCUGGCAUGUGGGGGCAGAGAUCGUGUUGGAGGUCCACUCGUACCGCCUCUCGCGCAAAGUUGAAAUACUGGAUGACACUAGAAUUCAGAUUAUGCAGACCUUUACCAUGGCUGAGGCAAAAGGCCACGGCUUUAAGAAGGCGGUGCUAGCCGUGUAUGUCUGUGGGAACCUGACUUUUCUCGUCAUAUUCCUGUCUGCCGUCAGCCGUCUCUGAGCCCGCCGCGGCCUUGCUGUGCCGGCCAGGUGACGGUCUCAUCCAGCCGAGGAACUCGAGGCCCGCGCCGCCUGCCGGGCGUGGGCAGGAAAUCCGAGUUGGAGACCAGGCCAUGCCCACGUGGGGUUCUGGCGGCUGGCCCUUAGGGUCCUGUGGACUGUGACGCGCCGUCCAGCCUUUAGGUGCAGGUCCGAGUCUUAAAGGGAAGGUCGAGGAGAAGUGACCCUCGAAUAUUUCUCUUUUCUGCACCUUUUUAUUGAAUGUAUCGGGGUGACACUGGUUCAUGAAAGGAUACAGGUUUCAGGUGAAUAACUCCACGCCCAUCAUCUGUACGCCGUCUGGUGUGUUCAGCACCCCAAGUCAGGUCUCCUUCCAUCACCAUUGAUCCCCCCUCUCCCCUCCCCCACCUCCCCCCA